AUGCCUUCCGACAUCGGUUUAACUGAAAAACUAGCAUUCUUGAGUGUACUUCUCCUAAUUGGAAUCACCAUAAUUUGUCUGGCAAUUCCAAUAGUGAUGCUUACAAUCGGAAUUUUGAAAAUGAACGAUUGUGAAGCUGAUCCAAGGCUUCCAAUGUGGAUGAUUGUGAUGGCUAUUCUAAUGUUGGCUGAGAGAUUUACUGGAUCCAUAAACACUGUCAAAGAUAGAGUGUUUCUAAAUGAAAACCCAAAACCUAAAUUUUCGGAGGAUGGAGGUUCGGAAGAACUACUUGACUGGAAUAACAGAAGAGAGUCAAUCAAAUCGACUGUCGUCGUUUCAAUUGGAUCUUUAAUCCGUUUGAUUCAGUUCAUUGCAUUUGUUGUCGGAUGCUUCUGGGUUUUCGGAAUCUCUUCUGAGCGUGAUCGAUGCAACGUAUACGUCUUCUGGGCAUCCUACAUAUAUUGCAUUCUCUCAAUCACUUUCUACGCUCUUGGCGCUUGUCUUGGUCCGUACUGUUUGCGUUUGGGGACUGAAGAGAAAAACAAGAUCAACUAUUAUUAA